GAGGCUCCAGGAGCUCAGGGAUGGGGAUGGGGACACUGCGGGAAGCCAGAUCUGGGAUGUCCAGCACUGAGGGCCCUCCUGGCCGCGAGGGCCGUGUCACGAGAGAAGGGUCAUGUCGCGACAGAAGGAAGGGCAGCGGCCCCCCGGCCACACUCAAGAUGGCGGCCGCGCCUUCCCCUCACGACACCACUUCCGGUCCUGUCCCGCUGACGCCGUCCUUGCGUGCUGACGUCACGCGCGUGCGUGCGUGCGGCGCCGCGCGCGAGGAGCGGGAUAAGAUGGCGGCGGGGCCGAUCUCGGAGAGGAACCAGGAUGCCACGGUGUACGUGGGGGGCCUGGACGAGAAGGUCAGCGAGCCCCUGCUCUGGGAGCUGUUCCUGCAGGCAGGGCCCGUGGUCAACACGCACAUGCCCAAGGACCGGGUCACGGGCCAGCACCAGGGCUACGGCUUCGUGGAGUUCCUGAGCGAGGAGGACGCCGACUACGCCAUCAAGAUCAUGAACAUGAUCAAGCUCUACGGCAAACCCAUCCGCGUCAACAAGGCCUCGGCCCACAACAAGAACCUGGACGUGGGCGCCAACAUCUUCAUCGGCAACCUGGACCCCGAGAUCGACGAGAAGCUGCUCUACGACACCUUCAGCGCCUUCGGCGUCAUCCUGCAGACCCCCAAGAUCAUGAGGGACCCCGACACGGGCAACUCCAAGGGCUACGCCUUCAUCAACUUCGCCAGCUUCGACGCGUCGGACGCGGCCAUCGAGGCCAUGAACGGGCAGUACCUGUGCAACCGGCCCAUCACCGUGUCCUACGCCUUCAAGAAGGACUCCAAGGGCGAGCGGCACGGCUCGGCGGCCGAGCGGCUGCUGGCGGCGCAGAACCCGCUGUCCCAGGCCGACCGGCCCCACCAGCUCUUCGCCGACGCGCCGCCGCCGCCCACCGUCCCCACGCCCGUGGUGACCGCGCUGGGGCCCGGCGUGACGCCGCCAGGCCUGCCUCCCCCCGGCUCGUUCCCGCCGCCGGUGCCGCCGCCAGGGGCGCUGCCCCCCGGGAUGCCCCCGGCCAUGCCCCCGCCACCGAUGCCCCCGGGUGCCGGAGCCCCCGGGCCCCCCUCGGGAGCUGCCCCUGCUGGGGGGCACCCCCCUCACCCGCACCCCUUCCCGCCGGGAGGGAUGCACCACCCAGGAAUGCCACCCAUGCAGGUGCACCACGGCCCCCCUGGCAUGGGGCAGCACCACCCAGGACCACCAGGCUCAGGAGGGCAGCCACCCCCCAGGCCUCCCCCGGGAAUGCCACACCCUGGACCCCCCCCCAUGGGGCUCCCCCCUCGGGGGCCACACUUUGGGUCUCCAAUGGGUCACCCCGGGCCGCUGCCGCACCACGGGCUCCGCGGGCCGCCCCCGCUGAUGCCACCCCACGGCUACAAUGGGCCCCCCAGGCCCCCCCCCUACGGCUACCAGAGGGUCCCCCUGCCCCCUCGGCCGGCCCAGAGACCCCCGGGGGUGCCCCCACGAGGGCCCCUGCGGGGACCCCUGCCCUGAGAGCGGGGGCACCCUCUGCUCCCCACCCCUGCCCAGCCCUUGGGGUUGACAUUCCCACUCCUGCCCAGGGCUGGGGGCCGUGCCCUGCUCCUCCCU